AUGUCUUCAGAUCAAGUUCAAUCGUUUAGUACUAGCACUUUCCUUUUAAUACUUCUCUCUUUUUUCUGUCCACCUUUUGGAAUACUCGCACUGAGAGGUUGCGAUUCCCAAUUGUGUAUCAAUAUCUUGUUAACAGUGUGUGGUUACCUUCCAGGUCUUGUCCACGCGAUUUACCUCAUUACUCGUCCUCCUAAAUUAUCCAACGAUCCCAACGGUUCUACGCCGGCAUGA